CGGCAUUCAGAAUGGCAGGCUUGUCCACUUUAAUCCUCCUUUUGUGUGCUGCUAAAGAUGCGAUGCCCUCCAGUUCUCACUGGAAGCCAACUUGGCCAUCUUACAGAGUUCCAGUUAUCCUGCCACAGUCUACUCUUAACUUGGACAAACCGCAGUUUGAUGCUGAAGCCAGACUGGAAGUGGUAUCUCCCUGUGGCCCAGCGUGCCACAAAAGUUCUCCGCUGCCAACUUAUGAAGAAGUGAAGAACUACCUGUCCUACGAAACCUUGUACGCUAAUGGUAGCCUCACUGAAACUGAAGUGGGCAUAUAUAUUUUGAGCAACGGCGGUGAUGGCUCUCAAGGCAAAUCUCGAACUAAGAGGCAGAUCUAUGGCUAUGACAGCAGGUUUAGCAUUUUUGGGAAAGACUUCUUGUUGAAUUACCCAUUCUCCACAUCAGUGAAGCUAUCUACAGGUUGCACGGGGACGCUGGUGGCUGAAAAGCACGUUCUUACUGCCGCUCAUUGUAUCCAUGAUGGCAAGAGUUAUGUCAAAGGAGCUCAGAAACUGCGGGUGGGGUUCCUAAAGCCCAAACUGAAAGAUGGCAGCAAAGGGGCCAAUAUCACCAACUCGGCAAUGCCUGAGAAAAUGAAAUUCCAGUGGAUCCGAGUGAAACGGACACAUGUCCCCAAAGGAUGGAUCAAAGGCAAUGCCAAUGACAUUGGUAUGGAUUAUGACUAUGCCCUGCUGGAGCUGAAGAAGCCUCAUAAAAGAAAGUUUAUGAAGAUAGGUGUGAGCCCACCAGCAAGACACUUGCCUGGAGGGAGGAUUCACUUCUCUGGCUAUGACAAUGAUCGUCCAGGAAACCUGGUUUACCGUUUCUGUGAUGUCAAAGAUGAAACAUAUGACCUGUUGUACCAGCAGUGCGAUGCCCAGCCAGGUGCGAGUGGAUCUGGGGUGUACGUGAGGAUGUGGAAGAGGCAGAAUCACAAAUGGGAGCGUAAAAUUAUUGGAAUAUUUUCAGGCCAUCAGUGGGUGGACAUGAAUGGCACCCCUCAGGAUUUCAAUGUAGCUGUUCGCAUCACACCCCUCAAAUACGCACAGAUCUGUUACUGGAUCAAAGGCAACUACCUUGACUGCAGGGAAGGAUAAAGACAAUGAAACUCCUUGAAAGCACUUAAUGACUGGUUUUAAUUACUCAUCUGAGGAAAGGCAAGACUUCUGCUGCAAAUGUGUGUGAUACGAUCUUGUAACAUCAGGAAGUGAUCUAUAGCUUUUCAAGCAAGCCACCUGGUUCUUAGGACAGGGGCUGUGUGGUGCUGUCAUUACAGCUUGAAACUGGGGAGGAAGGAACGUCUGCUGGGUGGGGAAGGAGCAGGUGGACUUGCUGAAUUUGCAGCUGAGCAACUGAAGAUUAAUUAGGGGCGGAUCAGUAAACAGUACGAAAUCAGAACCGUCUCCAAAGAAUCUUAUAAAAGGGACGCUGUUGACUAUCUCAUGCCUACAAUGUUUGUUUUAAUAAAUCCUAGGAUUAGUAGAAAUGCUUUGAUCUGAACUUUUAAAAGAAAACAUUUCUGUGCUGUUGGGGGCUGAAGGGGGGCAUUUAAUGGUGUUUGCAACCCAAACAUUACAGCUUUGUGUUCCUGCAUGAGAAAGGGAGUGUGAAAAGGGCAAGGCAUGCGCUGUGGGAGAUGAAUGCCACACAAAUAGCGUGAAGGGUAAAUAACUGCAUAACACUUCUAACCUUCUUUCAGCCUGAGUGAUUUGAGACUUUAUUAGUAACAUAGUUAAGAAAAAUGCUUUUUAAGCAAACAGACCUUGAUGCUGCAAAGACUUGACUGUGAAGAUGAUGUUGGUCGUAGGAGCAGUGCCGUUGCAUUCUGCUCUGGGAAACACAAAUCAUACAUGGGCUUAAAUCUUUACAGCAGCUGGGGCAUAGUCUUACACCUAGCAGGAUCCCUAUGAAUAUACUAUCAUAGAAAGCGCAUGGGGACAGAGGCUUGUUUUCUGUUAUGACCUACUUACAUCUUUUAAGGAAAAUCUCAUGUCAGCAACGCAGAUUUUCAGAGGGGAAGCCUGUCUUUGGUCUUGCUGGCCAUCUGAAUUGCUGCCUGCAAAGCAGGUAAAAGGGAGAGCAGGACAAGGGUGCUACUGAGUUUUCACCCUUUUUGUUGUAGAUCCACGCUGUUCUACCUAAAAAUACACCAGGUAGAGGGACCCUGGAGUUAUAAGUGUGUCUCUAUCAUAUCCCUUUGACAGUGUA